AUGUCGGACUGUGAGAAUGGCGCCCCGCCAAUGUUCCUCUCGUGGACAAACGUCACUGUCACGACGGAUCAAAAGGCCAUCAAUCGAGGUGUUCAGGUCUCCAUGGGCACACCUCCUCAAAUAGUCUCGCUCCGACCAAGUACCGCGGACGAUAACCUGUACGUUGUCAAUCGAGAGAAUUGCGCGCCUGAAUACAACGAUACAUGUGCUGGUCAGUAUGGCGGUGUCUUCGAUUACUCGAAGUCGAGCACUUUUACGCAGGUUGCGGCAGCCCAAUGGAACGGAACCGAUGCUGAAAACCCCAAUCAGCUGUCCUUCGUUCACUUCAACGACCUCCUCACCAUCGGAAAUGCUUCCAUUAGAGGCUACCCGUCCAUGUACGAUCAGCCCGGCUAUGGUGGACAAGGCGUGCUACCGCUGGGCUCCAAUUCAGAUCUCCUCAAGAUCGCAGUUGAUUCAGGCGCAAUUCCAUCGACAGUCUUCGCAAUCUGGACAGGCAGCCGAUCUAUAAAUCACCCCGUCGAUGGUUCCGUGGUGCUUGGCGGCUACGACACCAGCAGAGUCGGCGGAGACCUGGUGACGUUCAAGUCACAAGAGAAAUGUGAAUUCUGCGUCCUGGUCACCGGUUUCGAGUACCAAGACAACACAGGCACCCAUAAUCUAUUCGACAACUCUUCCCAAACACUACAAGUCAAUCUGCAAUCCUCUCAACGCACCCUCGAAGUACCACAGAAUGUAUGGGAGAAUCUUCAAAAGGCAAGCAACGGCGUCUACAAUGCCACGUCAGGUUACCUCCAAUAUCCCACGUCCAAUCCACCAACAGGGAACGUGACCGUCACUCUGCAAAACGGCUACAAAACCACCAUACCAACCGAAGAACUCUUCUACAUGCCUCGCCAAUACGACGAUGACGGCAAAUACUCAAUUCUCAACAACACAUACCUGAUUCCGACCAUAAUGAACAGCACCAACGACGGCUACGUAAAGAACUGGGGCAUACCCUUUCUCACCAUGAACUACAUCAUCGGCGACUACAAGCGCCAACAGUUCAAGAUGGCUCCCGCCAUCCGCACCGACUUCGAAGCCCAAGGCGGUGGUGCCUCCCUACAAGCCUCCUGCGACCCCAAGGUCAGCGGUACUCCUUCUUCCACGUCAAGUGUCACCCCCACCGGCGUCUCCACGCCUACUAGCAGUCCUCACUCCGGAGGCGGCGGUAGCAACACUGGCGCCAUCGUCGGUGGUGUGGUGGGUGGUGUUCUCGGCUUCAUUGCCAUCGUGGGCGUAUUGGCUCUACUCUUCUACCGUAGCCGACGCCGCAAGAACGCGGCCUCACAACCUGCACAAGCUACGAACGCCGGUGGUGAAACCGGCAUGUCUCAGUACACGGGAAGUGUGGCAGACAGAAUGUCGCACUGGACCGCCAUGAGCCCUACAGAGGUUCCCAGCGAACUGGGCAACAACCAAAAAGUCGGCAAUGUCAACGUGAACCAGUGGCUCUCAAGCCAGGCCAGCGAUACUCAGACCGUAACGGACUCGACGUCUCCGAACCCGAAUGCACACCAUAUGGACCGGCCGUUUGAAAUGCCCGCUCAGACGUGGGACACCCGAUAG